AUGGUUGAAAAAAAUGGGCCGGCCAAGGCGGCUGGAGAGAACCCUGCGUCAGACUCGAGCUUUGUCGACGUGUCACUCGACAAGGAGAGCACACCACCUCGCAACGCAUCGACAGCCGAUCUCGGAUCCUUGCAUGCAAGCUACAAGCGAGGCGCGCGCUGGUUCCGCUCUCAAGUCGCGCUCAGCGAGCAAGCCGACCAGCCGGACACCGACUUUCACUAUGGCAUGGAAAGCGAGCCGCGGCGCCGGCGGCAUAGCGUGCCAGACUCGCACAAUACCUCGGAUGGAGACGACUCACAGUCUGAUGUGUCACCCGCUGUAUCGUUUGAUCACGGUCGCGCAACGCCGGAUCCAGAGGGGCCCGCUGCGCAUCGGCACCAUGGUGUCUUGGAGCCUGGACUGUCUUCCACACCGGUAGGGCGCAAGGCAAAGGGGCGCUACCGGAGCCGCAUGGAGCAGCCGGGGCGGCCGAGUCUCUUGCGCUUGGCACAGGUCGAGCCCCAGCUGCCCGAGCAAAAGGGCGUGCGGUUCGAUCACACGAUGGAGCCUGGCGUAUCGAUGACUGUGGAAGACGACAACGGCGAGCUGUAUAUCGUGCGGUCACCGAAGCCCGGUCUGUCGCCCUUAGUCGGCACAGGCGGCUCGCAGCGCUCGAUGCGCGACGUGCAGCUGGACCAUGCGCUCAACCGACUGAAGCAGCGCCCCAACUACGCCCAAAGCGACACUGCGCUGGCGCGCGCCGCGCACGGGCUCAUGAUUAAUACGGAUGCUGCGCGCAAUCGCUCGUCGGAGAAUACUACGUCGAUGGACACGUCGUCGGACUCAUUCGGCGCGGCAUCCUCGCCAGGCGCCAAGCGUCCGGCCCGUAUUGAGCAGGCGCAGCUGCCGGUCGACUCGAUUCCGAGCCCCACCGAGCAGUUGACGCCGGUGGCGACCUCGCCGGAUACCAACUUUGACACGCCAAAAGCAAGCGACAAGGCGCCGCCUCCCCCGCCCAAAGACGCGUCACCCCCGUCCUCUGACGAGCCGAGGCGCUCGAUGAGCGGCACGCAUACCAACCUCACGCGCAUGCCGCACCUGCCGCCCAAGUCGCGCAAGGAAGAGGCACGUCACCUUGCUGCCUUUACCGCGAUGAUGAAAGAGUCGAAGCUCACCGAGCGCAAGCGGCAGGAAGAGCGUGCUGCCAAUGAGCACAAGUCUCGCGAGGAAGAGGCGAGUACGCGACGUAUUUGGAACGAGGAGAUCCUGCCGUGCUGGACGCGUGCCCGGCAGGAACAGCGCUACCGGGACAUUUGGUGGCAAGGCGUGCCCCAGCCGCUCCGUGCCCCGCUGUGGGCACGCGCGUGCGGCAACAACCUCAUGCUACCUCACGACCUCUUUGAACGUGCAUCGAAAGCGGCGCAGCGCGCACUCGAUGAUGGCAUGGUGCCCGAUCAGCUGCGCGAUGCGGUCGACGCCGAUAUGCGGCAGACGCUACCGAGCCUGCGCCUCUUUGACCACCCCAACGCGCCCAUGUGGCAGGACCUGCAUGAUGUCCUCUACGCGCAUGUCUAUGUACGUGCGGAUGAAGCGUGCCAACGCACACAUGCAGAGGCAAUGGACAUGUCGAUGCUGCACCCAAACUUUGCUCUCUACGUCCCUGGCACGGCGAGCCUCGCGGCGAUGCUGCUCAUUAAUAUGCCCGCGCCUCGCGCUUUCCUCGCGAUGAUGAACAUUAUCGCAUCGAAAAGCUGGCUGCACACCCUAUACCAACUCGAGCGAGGCCCGGGUGAGAACCAUAACGUGUCGCAAUGCAACCAGCCCGCGUCCGUCGAGCUACAAGGCUACGAGCGCGUGUUUAAUACGCUCAUGGCCGAGCAGCUCCCGAGCGUGUAUGCCAACCUGCACAAGUCGGGUGUGCGGACAAGCGACUACUUGCGUGCGUGGAUCCGCACACUAUUCGUGCCGUGGCUCGACGUCGACACGGUCGCGCGGCUCUGGGACAUUAUCCUUCUGGACGAGACGGGUGCGGUGAUUUUCCGCAUCGCCCUCGCGCUCAUCCAGCUGCUCGAGCCGCGCCUGUACGAGCACGACCGCGGCGCUUUGCUGAGCAUCCUCCACGGCACAAACGCGGGCGCGCUGCACGUCUGGCGCAGAGACACGCCGAUGGAAGGCGACACAUCGCCGCCAAAAGACCGCAUCUACGCGCAGUACUGUAUCGGGGAGUCCGCCCUCUUUCGCGUACUCGAGGAGCAGAACGAAUGGUGGAGGGACUCGACGCUCCGGCGCCUGCUGGAUCGCGAGCUAAGCUAG